AUGUCGUGCGAUUUAUCUGACCCCAAUAUUCAAACGGCCUACGACGAGAUUGUCAGUGGUCAGGAUACCAACUGGCUCAUACUCGGUUAUAACGAUUCAAGGGAUAAAGUCUCUCUGUACUCUAAGGGUUCUGGAGGUGUCGAGGAACUUCGUCAGAACCUUAGAGAAGAAGUCUUGUACGGGUUCUUAAGAAUUGAGAACAGAUUUGUAUUAAUUACAUACGUUAGCGAGCAAGUCAGUGGUGUUCGAAGAGCUCGUGCAUUGGUUCACGGUAGAGCUGUGGGCGCCUUGUUUAAGCAGGCACAUCAAGUCCAGAUUAGUGCUUCAAAUUCAAAUGAUCUCUCAGAAGUUAAUAUCCGUAAUCGCCUUAAACUUAGCGCUGCCGACGAUCGUCCAGGGUCUCCUAGUCGCAAAAACACUCUUGAGCAACGCUCUCCUUCGCCCUCUAGUCCACGGACUAAUCAGACAAUCGGGUCUCCGAGUCCAUUGAAGUCGUCAAUAAGCGCCGAACCAGAAAAUGUCCAAGAAGACAGCACAGACGAAACCGAAAGAAUAUCCAGGGAGCGCGAAGCGGCGCAGAGGAAAGACGCUGAGAGGAUUGCAAGAGAAGCUGCUGCGCGAAGGCAGCAGGAGGAGGCGGACAGAAAGAGACAGGAGGGGAAAGAGGCUUUGCUAAGAGAAAAGGCUACCGCAGAAGCUAAAAUGAGAGCCGAGGCUGAGAAAAAAUUGAGAAUGGAAGUGGAAAGGAAGAAGGAUGAAGAAUUAAAGAGUAAAUUUGCCGAAUUAGAAAAAAGUGGAAAGGUUUUACUCGAUGGAUAUAUUACAGUUCAAGGUGGUGGUGUAUAUUUCUGGAAACGCCGCUUUUUCGAAUUACGUGGUAAAACACUCUAUUUGUUCCGUGACCGUAAUGAAAAGCUUCCCAUCUCCAAACUGGAACUCGACGGAGAAGUAGUUAACGUGGAAGAUGCGCAAACUGACGUCCUCAUAAACAACUCGGUCAAAGUCGAUUUCCGAUCGACUGAACCGUAUUACUUCUUUUCCGAUGAUAGAAAAGGCAAAGACUUGUUCUUUUCUGCCAUAGAGAGAUAUGUCAAGUAG